GGCCUUUCCAACAAAAGUCCUUCCAAGUAAUUUUCUUCUACGUGUGCUAUUUCGCAAUCAAAAAAGUGAGAAAAAGGUGAUGAAUUUUACUUUUCCACGUUAAUACCCCUUAUCAUUGCAUUUAUAAGUCUAUCUGCAUUAUAAAAAUGUAAUUACUUAGUGCAAUAUUAUCAGUGAAAUUGAAAAAUUCUUCCAUUCAUAGAAAAUUGAGGUUAGAUUAGUGAAGUAAAAAAGUGGCAUGUUUUGAUAUUUUUAGCUUCUAUUUUUGGAGAGAAAAUUAGAAAAAAAUGGUAGUGGAUCCAACGGAAAAAGGUGCUGAGACCUCUGCAGAGGCUCAAUCUAAGAAAGCCGCCAAGAAACAGGCAAAAGAUGCGGCGAAGGCAGCUAAAAAAGCUGAACAUAGAGCAGCAGCCGGCAAACAGGAGGAUGUUCAGGAAGAAUCUGAAGAUUACUCAGCGGGGAAAUAUGGUCAGCCCGUUAUGAUUCAGUCAGCUGAAAAGUUUCCAGACCGUUCUUUCGUUCAUGUUUCUCAGCUGACCCAAUGGGUUGGCAAGGAGCCCGUCUGGGUGCGCGGAAGGGUUCAUACAUCCCGGAGCAAAGGGAAACAGUGCUUCCUGAUCCUCAGACAGCACAGUAACACAGUGCAGUGUGUUAUUGCUGUUAAUGAUGUCGUAUCGAAGCAAAUGGUGAAAUUUAGUGGAAACAUUCACAAAGAGAGCAUCGUGGAUUUGAGAGCCAAAGCUAUUUCUGUGCCUACAAAAAUUGAAUCAUGCACUGAACAAUCCCUGGAAUUGUCUGUUCUCGAGAUUUAUGUGGUUUCUGCGGCGAAAGCUCAACUUCCACUGCAAAUUGAGGAUGCUGCUCGUCCUGAGAAUCCAGAUGAUCCAGAAGGACUCCAUAUCCGUGUUAAUCAGGAUACACGUCUGGACAAUCGUGUCUUGGACUUGAGAACACCGGCCAAUCAGGCCAUCUUUCGGCUCGAGGCCGGUGUCUGUCGACUUUUCCGUGACAUUCUUACUGCCAAGGGAUUCACCGAGAUCCACACGCCCAAGAUUAUUUCGGCUGCCAGUGAGGGAGGUGCUAAUGUCUUCACGGUGAGCUACUUCAAGGAUUCAGCUUAUCUGGCUCAGUCUCCUCAGUUGUACAAGCAAAUGGCUAUUGCAGCAGACUUCGAUAAAGUCUUCACAGUAGGCGCUGUUUUUCGUGCUGAAGACUCCAACACUCAUCGUCAUUUGACGGAAUUUGUGGGCUUGGAUCUUGAGAUGGCUUUUAAAUAUCACUACCACGAAGUCAUUGAGACAAUUGGGGCUACAUUCACGGCAAUGUUCCGGGGAUUGCGUGAUGAGUAUGCUCAGGAAAUUGCUGCUGUCAAUCAGCAGUACAAAGUUGAACCUUUCCAAUUUCUCGAUCCACCGUUGAAGCUCAACUUCUCCGAAGGUGUGGCUAUGCUGAGGGAAGCUGGAGUGGAAAUGGGAGAUGAAGAGGAUCUCUCGACACCCAGCGAGAAACUUCUGGGGCGUCUGGUGAAGGCAAAGUACGGUACUGACUUCUAUAUUCUCGACAAAUUUCCAUUGGCAGUGAGACCAUUCUAUACCAUGCCUGAUCCCAAGGAUUCGCGAUACUCCAACUCCUACGACAUGUUCAUGCGUGGAGAGGAGAUUCUGUCCGGUGCUCAACGUAUUCACGAUCCUGAAUACCUUACGGAACGGGCAAAGCAUCACAAUAUUGACAUCAGUAAAAUUGCUGCCUACAUCGAAGCUUUCCGUUUUGGAUGUCCACCUCAUGCUGGCGGUGGUAUUGGCAUGGAGAGAGUGGUGAUGCUGUAUUUGGGCUUGGAUAACAUCCGCAAGACUUCCAUGUUUCCGCGUGAUCCAAAGCGUGUUACACCGUAAAGGGCAUAUUUUUGCAGGUGACGACUUGUGGCACUUGCCAUAUAAAAUAUUCAUGCGUUUAUCGAUUUUUUCCACCCUGUUUUUUUGCGUAUAUAGAUUUGGCAAAAAAAGAAGCGGCAUGAAAUAUGGUAAUAAAGUGAGGUGGACAAUGAA